AUGGGUUGUAUUUUUGGAUGUGAUCAACCUUAUGAUAAUAAUGAUGAUGAUAUAUAUAUACGAGAUAAUCAUCCUAAUCAUCAUAAUCAUCCUCAUAAUUAUCAUAAUAAUCCUCGAUAUAAUAAUCAUCGAUAUAAUCGUCGUGUUGUACCUCAUUAUAUUUAUUGUCUUAAUUGUCGUUGUCAACAAUAUAAUAAACGUGAUCAAAGUUCGAAUAAAUGUAUUUGUGGACAUACUUUAAAUGAACAUAAAAUAAUAUAA